AUGCCUUUGGCCUUGGCCCUGGUGCUUCUCUGGGGGCUGGGCGGCCCCGGGGGCUGGGGCUGCCUGCAGUGCGACCGGUCGGUGUUAAAUGCUCUCGGCCGGCUGCGCUUGACCAUCUUCCACAACAACUUCCACGUGGCAGGGCUGCGGGCGCGCGCGCGGGCCGUGCUGUUGGGCAUGGAGGGGCCUUUCUUCGGGGACUACGCGAAGAACGCCUUCGUCGGGAAAGUGGGCUUGGAUCAACUGGAAAAUGUGGCCACGUCCUUCAAAAACCGGACGCAGCACAUAGACGUUAAGUCUCUGACAGACAGUUCUCUGCUGGAAGAGCUGGUGAGCCUCAGGGAGCAUGGCAUCAUGGAACUAAAGAAGGCGCUCAAAGCCUAUGAAGCAAAAGCCUGUGACCACAAAACUUGUGGCUCGCUCAAAGAGGAAGUCCUGGACUGUUUACAAUGCAAGAAAAUCCCCGCCAAAUGCGUCAAAGAAAAGUUUUGCUUUGUGGAUCAGCAGCCCCGCAUGACUCUAAAGUUCCAGCCUGACGACAAACUGAGGAACAUGGUGUUGAUCGGCGACCUGGUGUCUGUGUUACUGGCUAUCCUGUUGUUCUUGGCCAUCCUGAUUGCGGCUGGUACAUACAGGCAAAACCGGAAACUCCUGCUCAAGUAG